AUGGUUUUGGAAGCUGGUUCAAAUCCGAUAGAAACAAUCAAACAUCCUGGGGAAUUCGACACAAUGUUGAAAACAGUUUUAUAUCCUAAAGAUUUCGAUUCAGUUUCAGGCUGGAUACCCGAUGUUGACGAUGGAAGUGUUUUAAAAGAACCGGUAAGAAAUCUUGCAAAUGAUGCCGAUUUAGCUACAGUGAGAGUUGUUGCUCGAAACACGAUAGAAAGAGUAGGACGAGCAGUUAAUCAUGGAUUCGAAAAACGAGUACUUCAGUAUAAUAAUGUUGUUGAGAAUAAUAGGUGGGGUAAUUACGUAAAUUGGAAAUUAUAUCCUUUAUUCGGUCUGUUGGAACAUAGAAAAGUUUCUAUAGGCUUACCAUAUAAAAUUCAUCUACAAAGAGAAAUCAACGACGAUAAGAUAUUUUUUUGGAGAGAAUGCUUCAGAUGCAAAAUUAGAAAUACCGAAUCUCCAACUUUUCAUACCAGUAAUAACACCAUCAAUUGA